AUGGUACCUCCACAUCCGAGAGUUGCGCCUACAUACAAGCAAGUGAAUGACUCUGAAAUGAUAAAGUUAGAUUUACUCCUGUUUCUUCCUUUGGAAAGAUCGGUAAGAUAUUUACUAAGCAAAGAUAAAACCAACCCAAGCUUUGUUUGCAAACUACUUUUCACUGCAUUGCAUUUUUUAAGGAUUCUUCAGUGGUGGGGAAAAACUGCCAAAGGGCCCAUUUUCCUUGCCAUCACCACAGAAUAGUAUGCGAGCACCCAAGUUGUGAGCUGAGUGCCACAAGCAAGAGUAAGUUAGGGGAGUCUAGGGGCAUGCCCCCAGGUAUGCUUUCCUGUGACACCGGUCAGAAACAAAAUAAUUUUUCUAUUUGAUUUCAUGAUUUUAGUAACAACUCACACUAUGAGCAUAAAACGAUAAAUUUCAAUGGUACUAUUUAAAACAUGAGCAGCAGUGUUUUAUCAGAUAUGAAGAUACGAGGCGAAGCCGAGUAAAACACACACUGCAAAUGUUUUAAAUUGCUUCAAAAACGAUCGAUCUAGUACGUUCAUUGGCGAAGUAAUUUUCAACAAGUACGUUGUAUAAGUUGAGAAAAUCAAAGUUAAAGUUUAUGUAAAUCAAGGGAAAUUUCUAUCACAUAUAAAGAUAUGACAUGCUUUAUAUGAUUUUUCUUUGUGUUUUCGUUAUCAAUUAUUAAUGAGUUUUUGAAACUUAUUUACUGGAUCAAUACAGGUCCUAGGGCCCUGGGUUUGGGGCAAUAGGCCAUUUUUUUGCAUUCACUUGUGAGGCACUAGGAAGGGCCCAGUGGUGGCAAAUGCCUGACCAGUCCAUGGUAUUAAAAAAUGCCUUGUACUCUUGUGCAAAACUAUUCUUCAUGUAUAGACUUCCAAUCACUAUUGCAACAUUUAUAGUCAUUGUUAAUUGUUGCAACAUUUUUACUAAUUGCUAAUUGGUAAAGAUGUCAGUAAAAAUAUAAUAGCAUAAAUUUUAUACGAUCUGUCUUUUUAGGUUAAACUCCAAUGGAUUAUUGAACAGCUAGAGAUGGCUGUUGAAGAAUUGGAUGCUCCUGAUGUCAAUUUACUUGAACAAAAGAGGAAGGUAGAUGAUGCUGAAUGCCCAGAACUUGUGGUAGAAGAAGAUGCUAACGAUUCAAAUACAGAAAAUGAUGCAGAAGUUGAUGAUAACGAUGAUUAUGAUUAUGAUGAUGAAGAGGAUGACAAUGAAAAAAAGGAAGAUGAUGAUGAUGCUGAUUAUGACGAUGAUUCUAAUGCUAAUAAAGAUAGUGAUGGUGAUGAUAAUGAAGAAAGGCAAACUAAUGGGAAAUGGGUAUGUAGACAAGAAAAUCCAGAUGAAAACCUAUUAUUUUACAUUUUAUGUACUUUUUUGCACGGCCAAAAAUCUUUUCAAUCUAUGUACAUGCAUUAGUAGUCAUAACGACAUGAUUUGAAAAUUUGCUCAAAAGACAGUGACUGAAGUUGUGUAUCACUAUCAAUCUUUUUAGGCAAAAUCAAAACGGAACUGUCCUCUGUGUGGGCAAGCGAAAUCGAACAUGAUGAGCCAUCUACAAAGGGUACACAAACAGAACCACACGGAUGCCCUUAAUUUGUCGCAGAGUAUCCGAAGGACUAAGCAAAAUAGUAAAACAGUUUUGGAUCAAGUUCCAUGUCCGAUCGAAUCUUGCCAAAAACCAGUGAAACGACUUGACAAGCAUCUUAAAAUGGUGCAUAAACUUAAACCUGGAUCACCAAGUUUUAUUCGGUAAGUUUGAACAUAUUUCGUUACAGAAUACUGUAAUCUUGUGCAAAUUAAUUUGGUUGAGGGCAGACCGGCAGAAUAUAUACUGCUUAUUAUAUAUAGUGUGGUUUCAAAAUUUCAAGUAUUUUUAUUACUGAUGUUCAAAAUGAAGUCUUCCAACAAUAUUGCUACAAUACAUUUCUUGAAGUUAGUCAAUUAAUUUGUGCAUGAUCUUUGAAUAAUGUGUUUCCUUAUAUACUGAUCCGUCGUUUCUUGAGAUGAUAAAUUAGCUCAUUUUCAUUGAACAGAAAAUCUAUUAAUUUUUUAAAUACAUUAAUUAAUAAUCUUGACAAAAUAGAUUUUAGCGAUAUUUUGGGAACACUUCAACAGGAAUUACGGAAUUACCUGUAUUAACGUGAUGACUAUAUGAUGAUUGAAGUUUAGUAUUGAAAACUCUUGUGCUCAGUUGCAAUUUUGUUUGUACGCAAGUUCAAGUUUUUCAUUUCAGUUGGUUCUAUAAGUUCAGAACUAUAGAUUCUUAUUGUAUAUGGCUAUGUUUAAUAAGUAAAUUAAGGCUAUAUACGGUCAUUGUCAAACGUCAAUUUGUGGCUUACAACUUCAGAUAAACAGCAGUGGGCCUACAUUACCUUCUUUCCUAAAUAUUUUCAUAUAAGCAUAAUUGGUACUUAUUUAAGUAUACUAUCACAGUUUUUGUGUAAAAUAGUUAAUAUUUUGUGACCGAAAUAGUAAUUUGGAAUGUACUGUACCUAUGUCCUGGAAAUGGAUGUAUUUGACCAAUUUUGCCACUCUAAUCACAGGUGGCCCAGGCUCUGUGUGGGUAUUUAUUUAUUUUUUAACUUUUUUAUAUUUUCAUGACUUACUCUGUUUACUGUGUCAUUUACUUCACUUUCGUCGAUUUUUAGGCAAUUUCGUUAAACCCAGCCUAUGUUGUAUGUCAUCUAAUAUUAACCACUAUCAAUAACGCAAAGGCAGGUAGCUGUGACCCCGGGCGGAAUUGGACCUAAAUUUCAACAAAACCGGCCGCCGAUAAAAUAUUGCCAAACGCUUCUAAAGCCGCGGCUAUACAUAUUUAUGUUUAUUCAAUCUUUCCAACUUGUAAAAUCCUUUCCCUGGCUUUUCCUUGAAGAAUUAAAACAACUUAAUGUAAACUAGGGUACUUUCUCCGAACUCGCGAGUCCAUCUGCUCUGGAACCAAACCGUUAAGUUAAAAUUUGAAUUAUAACAGGAGGUUUGAGGAGAAAUAUUUUAACAACAGGUGCUGUUACAAAAUUCGAAAAAUUCAAAUUUUAAUGGUUUGGUUCCAGAGCUAGAAGAUCUACUCCUGAGUUCGAAGAAAGUACUUUAGUUUACAUUAAGUGUUUUUUAAUUCUUCAAGGAAAAGCGAGGGAAAGAAUUUUAUAAGUUGCAAAGAUUGAAUAAACAUAGCAUGUAUAGCCGCGACAUCAGAAACAUUUGGCAAUAUUUUAUCGGCGAGUUUUGUUGAAAUUUAGGUCUUGCCCAAUUUCGCCCGGUGUCAGAGCUUCCUACCUUGCGUUAUUGAUAGUGGUUAAUAUUAGAUGACAUACAAUACAGGACGGGUUCAACGAAAUGGCCUGACAAUCGUUGAAAGUGAAGUAAAUGACGGAGUGAUAAUAUACUUAAUACAAAACAGUGAUAAUAUACUUAAAUAAGUACCAAUUAUGUUCCUAUAAAAAUAUUUAGGAAAAACCGUAAUGUACAAUAGAUCCACUGCUGUUUAUCUGAAGUUGUAAACCACAAAUUGACAUUUGAACACGAGUAUUGCAUGGUCAUUUUCUUGUGAAAUAUCAGUGCUAUAGGCAUUUUACACUUACAAAUGCUGACCCCUAAAAACACCAUCUCUGAACCAUAUAAACACCUCAGAAUAGCCAAAGCUUUUAUGGUUUGGUAGAUAGUACUAUGGCGAAAGCAUCGGUCAGUUUAGGAUGUUUCGCCCCUGAUUGGGGUUCGGGCGGCGUUACCAUGUUGAGUGUCAUGGACAACUUACCCUAAAAUAGUGGAGAUUAUCUGUGCUAAAUGAAAUGCACACAAACUCAUAUGCAGGUCCUAUACUAAUUGGUAUAGCGAAAGCAUCAGUUUUGGGCGUGGUCAGUUUAGGACGUUUCGCCCCUGAUUGGGGUUCGGGCGGCGUUACCAUGUUGACUGUCAUGGACAACUUACCCUAAAAUAGUUGAGAUUAUCUGUGCUAAAUAAAAUGCACACAAACUCAUAUGCAGGUCCUAUACUAAUAGGUAAGGUUAAUUUGGUAACCGAUUGAUUGGCAGUACCCUACCACUGACGAGUAAAAUGUCUGGUUAUAUUGGUUUAAAAUGGCUUAAAAUGAAAACGUAUUAUGAAAUCCACGGUACUUCGGGGAAUUUAAAAAAAUUCCUUUAUUUGAAAAGUUCUGAAUCUUUUGAUAUAUUUUAAUUUAGUUAUAAGAAAGAAUGUUCGAAAUUGAGAAAGAAUAUCCAGGAAGGAUGCAAUGAGGAAAAGAAGAAAGAAAACCUGCCAAAAACACAAAAAUCAAAACGGAAGUUAAUACUGGACGAUGUACCUUUGAAUGUUCCCUCGACCAGUCAACAUCCAUCCAAAAGUACUUCCAGUGAUCAUCCCCCAAUGCACUGCUCGUCUGAAGAUUCGUCACAGUCUGAUGAGGUCCCAAGACUUGAGAUCUUAGCGGAAACAGGGCCUUUGGAAGAGCCAGCUAUGCCAAAAGAAAUCGAGAGGAGCGCCAUUGCAGACGUCAUUGAAACCCAGCCACUACUUGCUCGAUUUUUGGAUCAUCUUUUGUCGGUCGAAGGAGGACGACGCGGGUCAAAACCAUCAAAAGAGAUGAAGUGGCGAGUAGGUCGACUUUUGUACGAGGUUGAUGAAACAGUAACCAACACUACACUAUUGUGGAACGACAACGCGAUGGUACACCUACGCCGUACCUUUAUUGAAGGCAAUCACCUAUUAGCAAAGCCAAAGAGAGUGGGUACCAUAAGAGCGUAUCUUACUUCUUUGCUAAUGUUUUAUAACUUCUUGUUAACAAGAGCGACAAGUUUGGCAAACGAGUUCGGUCUGCAGGAAAAUGAUUUUAAUCUAGUAAAAGAAUUUCGAGGAAGAGUUUCAAAUUGGAUGAAGUCGUUUACUGAAGAGUCAGCUACCAGGAAAACAGAAGUUCAUAGUCAAGAUUUCCAAUCCCUUUUGACAAGCACCCAAAUUUGGAACUUGUUGAAUUCGUCUAUUCACGAAGAGUUUGAGGAACGAUUUAAAAAUCUGGAUGAUGAUCCUGGGAAAGAUUUUGUUGAUCUUCGCGAUUACCUGGUUACAAUGGUCCUUUUACAAAGCGCACAGCGUCCUGGGGCUAUUUCCAAUUUCACUGUGAAUGAAUUCCAAGCUGGGGAGUGGGAUGAGAGCACAGAAGUAAAACAGUAUAUCACAUUAACUAAACGUCAUAAAACGGCAGGUACAUUUUGCAAUAGUAAAUUUGUUUGCAUUUUUGCAUCCGCGUUUGAAAAUUAACGGCUGCGAAGGACAAGCAUUGUUUGACAUCACGCUUUAAAACAGAAAUAUUAAAAAAAAUUAUAUACAGAUACAAUAAGAAAUUUAUUGUCUCAACCUAUGGCUAUUUUAGCUUAAAUAAUGAAUCCAAUCACCGCACCAAGAUACGUUUACGACAGUAAAGCCAGAGUUGCAGUAAGUUGCAAUAGAUACACAUUUCUGCUAUUUACUUAUAAACCUCAAUUCAUAUAUAAGUAAAUAAUCGUUCUGUAAAGCCUUUUCAAGAGUAUUUUCUUUGUGUUAUAUUAUAAAAAUCGCUGCUUGAAAAUGCACAUGAAGUUUACUUUGGUUGUAAGGUUUUAUUACAGUAAUCAGUCAAAUAUUUGGUACAAAAUGUUUUAAGGUUACAGACGUAAAGUAAAAUGUUACUGAUUUUAUAUUACAAUAGAAUUUUAUCACAAUAUUUUUCAGGUUCUGGACCAGCAAGCCUGUCCUGGGAUGCUUGCACGUACAAAUGUGCCCAGAUUUACCUGCAAAAACUAAGACCAACUGUGGCAAAUGAACAUUCGAUUCUGCAGCGACAUGAACAGCACGAAAAAGAACCACUUUUCUUUUUAACAACAAGAGGAAAUCCUCUUCCGUCUUCGCAGAUUUGUGGUAGAAUGACGAAAAUAACCAAAAUGCUGGACCCAUCGAUUACUGGUAGUGUGACUGGAAAGCGCAUUCGUAAGUCAGCAGUGUCCCGCCAUCGACAGCUUGUGGACUCUGGUGAAUCAAGCGGCCUUUCAAAAGAUGAACUUGCACGCAUGUCGCAUUCCAUAUCAACAGCAGAAGGACACUACGCCAUGAGGGAUACAAUUAAAGGUACAAUAUUUACACCUAAAACUAAGAUUUGUUUCAGAAUUUCCAUAUAUAGCUACAGUACUUACACUUUUUCAUCCAUAUGUAGUCAAGCAUUUUCACAGAAGCGGAUGGUAAAAUGUUGAAAAAUUACACAAAUUUAAAUGCUGUUGUUACGAGAAGCUGUUGGUAAUUGUAUAGAUAAUAUGAUGGUUUCGAGUGCAAUUUGAAUAAAACAUGCACGUUAACAUUUUAUCAAAGUUUCUCAAAGAACGAGUGCUAUUUGAGCUCUUUCAAAAACUCACGAUUGCAUGUUUUAUCCAAAUUUCACGGAAACCAUCCUAUUAUGGAAUAAUAAUAUACAUCAGACAAUUGUAGUUUUAACUGCUUAUGCUUAUAGCGAACUGUCCACUGACAAAGUUUUCCUGAUUUGUUUAAUCAUAUUAUACGCAACGCUAACAGCUUGAAAAUUUCACUCAAAUGAGUAAAUUUUGCUAGUCUUGUUUAAUUAUUAAGAUAAAGUCUUUGCCAUUAGAUGAAUAAGUUCCAUAUUUUCAACGCAAACUCCACUCCUACUUAUUUGACAUGGCGACUGCUUUAAUCUGAUUGGUUGAUUUAAAAUCCCAUUGGGUCAUUCCAGAAAACAUCCAUACCACCCCCACGGAGGAAAUAGGAAGUUAACCCCCCUAUCCCCUUCGGAUGUCCUAACACAUUUACUAUUAUCCGAAACAAUUUUUUCUCCCCUCCCUCCGGAAGGCAGAAAUUUCCUCUGUUAGGGGAGUAUAGAUCUUUUCUGGAACGACCCAUUGUUUUUUCCACCAAUCAGAUUAGUUUGUUAUAGAUUUUUCCACUGUCGUUAUAGAAGUUUUUCACUGUUGCAAUUACAGAAUUUUGCACUGCUGUUUAAAGGGGAAGUCAAGUCCGUAAUGUAAACAAAUGGUUUGUUUACAUUUUGAAUUGCUGUAUUUUUUAAAAUAUGAUGUACUGUCUGAAUAUCUAACACCAUUUUGGUUCGUUAUGCUUCUACAUGGAUAUGAAAUAAAGUUUAUGUUCAGAAAAAUUCGAAACAUUCAAAAUUUGGGCAAUGUUUACCUCGGAGGGCCCUCACAUUGUUAUGCGCAGAACCGAUGCGCAGAACGGACUUGACUUCCUCUUUAAGAUUAAUUGCACUGAAAUCAACCAAUCACAGUCGCGUAAUAUUUUGAUGUAUAUUAUUAGCAUUGUAUGUAGUGUCUUUUUUAUUUAGGUUGUGCAAAAGCAUCGAAUUUUAUUCGACAUGUCGCUGCAAAAACUCCUGAAAAAGGUAUAAUAUAGCCCGCCUGAAUAGUUCUGAAAACACUCAAGUAAAACCAUAGCCUGCAUGGCAGGCGGCCCACAUCGGGAAAGCCUGGGAAAGACAGCCUGCUGGGUUUGGCAGUGUAAUCCAAUUGAUGAUUGGUUGCGAGUCUGAGCCGCUGUCACUCAAAAGUGAAUAUGCUUUUAAGAGUCUAUUGCAACAGGUUUAACAGGACUACUAUAUGCCUUGGCCUGUUAGCCGCUUCACGUUCUGAACAAAAAAGUGGGCGGUUAUCAAAUUACACUGCCAAACCCAGCAGGGCAGUAUUUUACAUCACCUGCCAUGCAGGCUAGUAAAACCAGUGUGCUUCAUACCUUACAAAUUUUAAGAAUAAUAAUUGUUAGAACUCCGUACCCAAAAUUACAAUCAAAAACAGCCUAUGUCACCACCAUUUAAUGAUGUUUUAUUUGAAUAGAAAAAUCUUCAAGGAAAAGGAAGCUAGAGGGGUCAUGGAAAGCUGUUCUGCGCACAAGAGUAUCGCCAGAAAACUCUAUACGAAGUAUACAAAGUCGAAAUCCUAGUAAGUAGGCUAUAAUGUCACUGAAGCGUAGUUAUUUUAAAGAAAUCUCUUUUUUUUAGUCCUUUCAUGCGGCCGAUUUCUUUAACUUUACCAUAUAUAAUUUGGUGUGAUAAAAAUGCCCUUUUGACGUAUCUUUUUUUUGUACUUAUAACUUAUUCGAUUAUUGGUUCAUAUAGAAACUGUAACAAACCCACGCAUAAGUCCGAAGAAGAAAAAGAUAUGGUUUCGCCCGAAUGAAAUCCAAGCGCUCCUUAAGGCUAUGGAAGCACAUCAAAAUGCAGGCAACGUUGAACCUGAUGGUCUUUGGCAAACCAUUGAAAGUAAUGAAGCUUGUCAAAAGUUAAAAUUAACCAAAAAAUACACCAAAAUUCAACUAUGCAAUAAAGUAAAAAAAAUGGCUAAGGGAAAGAAAUAG